AUGGCGGGCGCCGCCCGCAGCCCAACCCACUCCCGCAUCCCCUGUCUCCGGCUGGAUCCCGGCGAUGGCGAGCCCCCCACCUUCUCCCCCGUCUGGAUCCCGGCGACGCCCCGCUCUCACCUUCUCCCCGGCUUGAUUCCGGCGCCGCGCUCGCCUCCACCUUCUUCCCGGCGCCGCCCCGCCCCCACCUUCUUCCCUGCGCCGUGCCCGCCCCCACCUUCUUCCCGGUGCCGCGCCCGCCCCCCACCUUCUUCCCGGCGCCGCGCCCGCCCCCCACCUUCUUCCCGACGCCGCGCCCGCCCCCACCUUCUUCCCCGCGCCACCGCCCCACCCCACCUCCCCUGCAUCGCCGUCCACCGCCUCCCUCCCCGCACCGACGGCCGCCGCAUCCCUCCCCCGCACCGACGGACGCCGCAUCCCUUCCCCGCACCGACGGCCGUUGUAUCCCUCCCCGUGCAGACGGCCGCUGCAAGCUCCUCCCGCUCAUGGCCGCCGCAAGCUCCUCCCGGACGCCAACCUCCACCCCGCCUUCCCCCUCCGUUCUCCCUCACACUCGGGCGGCAGCCAUCCUUCUUCCACGAGCGCGACACCUCGAUCCACGGCCGGCCGACCUCCCUCGUCCCAUUUGCUGACCGCCAUCCAUGUCGUACCAUUUUUUCUGCAAGAAAACCAACUUGGACUUCGUUGACGGCCUUUGCACCAUUUUCAGCGCCAACAGCUCCUUCCUUUGCCAUUGAUACAUCCAUCGACAUGUACUGAGUGUUCCUUUGCAAGUUCAAUUACUGUCAUCGCACAAGUUCAGAAGUUUGAUUUUGUGAAGAAGUAUGAAAAUUCUCAGUGCAAAUGUGGAAAACCAGAAAAUUCUAAUAAUGGUGUACCAAAAGUUCAAGGAUAGUAAUCCGGGGACGUGGGAGCAACUGCUGAUGGAGGCGGAGUCAAAAUCUCGUGACUGUCUGCUGCAGAUCUUCAGCAUGGACUUCGAUGAAGACACCUCUGAUGUUAAUGCGCUUCCGCAUUUUAAUAAACAAGUUACAGAAUUUCAGUUCCUCGGUACUUAUAAGAUCUUCAGAUGAUGGCAGAGGAUGCCCAUGUGUACUGUGUACAAGCCAUCCAGCCAUGUAUAAGGAUCCAAUGGAAGACUGGAUUUGGUUGUUGUUAAUUAGCAGCCACCUAAGCCUAGCAAUUGACCAUGGAGCACGUACUGGAUCCCUGACACGAUGCAAUUAGUCAUCGUGUGUCGACGACUGAUUUAUUUUGUUUUGUACAAGUUAAAACAUCAGUGGCCAUAGGGAAGGAGACCUUCCCAGAUCGUGAUGACUGAUUUAUUUUGUUUUGUUUUGCUAGGUGUUUUUAAGUGUCACAGACGACGUGUUGUCUCCUGGCAUCUGGAUUAGCUGCCGACUGCAAAUAAACGGUAUUGCCAGAGUACUGUCUAGUCUGAAGCCAACUACACAUUCGCACAUGAGUCGUUGCUCCUGAGGUGCUCUAAUUAGCAAUAGAAAAUGACAAGGGAGUGCAUCCAAAAGAUAGGUGGCAAGCAUGCCUGCUACGGUGUGUUGAUAACUGAAUUGAAGGAUCUUUAGUAUAUGAACCACAAAAAAAAGAGGUGCAUCCCGUACAAACAAAGAAGUGCAUGCAGUACAUCAGCUCAAGAUCCAAUGGUUCAAUUAUCUUAUGGUUUGGCAAAAUGCUUCUCUUGCAGGUUUUUUGUUUUGCUGUAAUUUUCAUUUAUAUCAGGAUGUAACACCAUCUCUGAAACAAAUGCAUAUGUUCAGUUAAGAACUUGGCGUGGUGGGUGUACUGUUGAUAAUCUGAACUUGUUUCUCUCAACUACAGAAAACAUGUAACCUUUGUUGUGCUGCUCUGCAGUUUCUCCAGAAAAUAUGGAUUGUUUCGGUUUAAGUA